ACGGGCUGCCUCGAUUUGACAACCACCAUGGCCGCUGUUGCUGAAAACAGUACAAAGCGGAGAAAUCCUCCCUCUUUCCAACAUUUGCCGUCGAACAGAGCGAAAAAACUAAAACAAGCUUGGGUGACCAACGCUAAAAUCAAGAGUCAAUGGAAGGCUGAGCAAAGGAGAUCAGGGUCUCGGGUGGCCAAGGAUGUAAAGCACUCAGAGUCUCGUGUUGGGUCUGAGGAUGAUGCUGGCGACAAUCGUGUUCACAGUGCCGAUGAAGCAACAGUUACGAAACUGGGAAUGGCCGAGCAGCAUCCCAAAAUUCCUAAACCUGCAAAGUAUGGCAGGUCAUCCAACAGCCGCUCUCAGAGUCAGGGGGAAUCCAGCCGCCGGACAGAACAAUCCCAUCCUUCAUCUCAGCCGACGUCCCGAGAUCUUGCUCGCGAAGCUUACUCUCCGGCUUCCUUGCACACAUACCGCUCCGAUCCUUUAGGAAAACGCCAGCGAGGGGGUUCAUCCAUCGGUCGGGGGCGAGGCCACGGCCGCGGUCAGCCAGACAUGAAGAAACGCAUGAACGUUUUACUCGAAACCAUCAAACGAGACUACGCCUAA